AUGCUCGCCCUCGCUCUUCUCGCGACGCCCUCAACCGCCGCCUCUCGCCCCCGUCCGCGGCGCGGGGGGGCACUCAUCGACACGCGCAACCGCACCGACUUCAGCAUCAAGCUCGAGACCGACGCGCCGUCGCUCGCCCUCGCGGCGUCUGUCUCGCGCAAACCCAACAAGGCCGCGGAGCUCCUGCUCCACCAAGACGUCCUCGGGGGUGGGUGGGCGCUGUUAGGUGCCUGGCCGGUCGUCGCCACCUUCCAUCCAACCUUCUCCUUCCCGUUCAACCUCUCCAAGUUCAGUGACGCCGCCUCACGCGCCGCCGCCCCGACCACCGUCAAGCCCAUCGGCGCCGCGGCCGACGCCGAGCUCGCCUCCUUUGGCGAGGCUGCCGGCGCGGUCAAGAAUGGCGACGUCUCGCUCGCCGACUCCACCGCCAACUCCGUCGGUGUCACGUGCGGCGGCGGCGCCGCCCCUGUGUGGUGCGCGGAGCCGCCGCCGCCCCUCACCGAGCUCUGCGUCUCCGAGGAUCCGAUCAAGGCCUCGGGCUCCACGAGCAGCGAGACGAGCCUCAAGACCGCCACGGCCCACUCCAAGAGCGAGGCCGACGAGACGGGCACAAAGACGGACUGCACGACCGCCACGGCCCACUCCAAAGUCGAGAUCGGGAUCGGUAAGACCUACCCGCCUACCUCCAUGAAGCUCAAUAUCGGCGCCUACGCCGAGCUCGCCCCAUUUGACGAGACUUCCGGCGCGACGAAGAUCGGCGACCCCUCACUCGAGGAGAGCUUCACGACCGCCACGCCCCUCCCAGAGAUCGAUGUGGCCUCGCUGCUCUUUCUCCGCUCUUGUGCGGCCGUGCUGGCGCUGCUCCUCGCGGCGUUCCUUGAGCCGCCGUUGCGUGGGCAGGUCAAGAAGAAGAGGGUGGAGGGCCGCAGCCACGAAGCGAUCUCCAUCCUCGUGCUCGGGAUGCACCACGCGGGCACGUCGAUCGUCGCAAACUUGACCAUGAUGCUGGGCGCCAACGGCGGCACGCUCGAGGGCAUGCUGCUGCACCCAUCGAACCCGCUCAAAUACUGGGAGCGCGCCGAUGUGGUCGGCCUCGAUGAGGAGCGGCUGGCUGCGGGCGUGGAUGCGGCCGCGGCGCGCUACAAUCUGCCCGACUGGGUGGCGUACGGCUUCGAUGCCGACAAGCCGGCGACCAAGGUGCACUCGACGGCGGAGGCGAAGGGCGUCGUGGCAAAACUCAACGCCCAGCGACCGUGGGUGACAAAAGACCCGCGCAUGUCCCUCGUCGCCUCGGAGUGGGUCGAGCUGCUCGACGCGCCCGCCUGCGUCAUCGUGCACCGCGAGCCCCUCUCCAUCGCCAACUCGAUGAUGAUCUACUCGCACAACGUGUCGUACGCAGAAUGGGCAGCGGUCUACGAGGCGUACUACGGCGGCGUUGCGCGCGCCUGCGCCAUCGUGCCCACCGCCGUGGUCCACCACGAGGAGCUCAUGGCGCGACCAUACGCCGCGCUGACAAGACUGCACGCGGACCUCUCCGCCCUCGGUGUCGAGCGGCUCACCAUGCCCACCGAGGAGCGCAUCAACGCGCUCCUGCGCCCGUCGCCCAAGACGUCGGUCACCUACCUCGCCUCGGAGCGGAAGGUCGUGAGCCGCCCCGCUUCGCCGUGGCUCUUCAUCCCGCUCCGCAAGUCGCAGGCCUACGCCACCCUCCUGACGACGGACAACAGCGACUACUUCCGCGGCGCCAUGGUGCUCGGCUCCUCGAUCCGCUCCUUCGAUUCAGCGCGCGACAUGGUGUGCCUCGUCACGUCGUCGGUGCCCGAAGAGUGGCGCUCCGCCCUCACCGUUGCCGGCUGGACCGUCGCCGUCGUCGACGAGGUUGCCUUUUGGUUUGGAAAGUCCGAGGAGUGCUCCAGGUUUGACAAGGACCAGGGCGAGCGGUGGGGCCACAUGGCCACCAAGCUGCGGCUGUGGCAGCAGCUCAAGUACAAGCGCAUCCUCUACCUGGACGCCGACACAAUCCUCACCGGCGAUGCUUCCGACGCCUUCGACAAGGUCAAGGGCUUCGCCGCCGAGCGCGCCCGCUUCCACUCGUACUUCAACGCGGGCGUGAUGAUGCUGUCGCCGUCCGAGGCCACCUACCAGGACCUGCUCGCUGAGGGCAGCAAGGAGCACAAGAACAAGUUUGGCAACGUGAUCGACUGCACCGAACAGGCCCUCCUCAACUCGUACUACGACGGCUCCACGCCCGAGCGCGGCGUCACCAAGCUCGCCAUCGGCCGCGCUGACCCGUGGGUGGUCGCCGACGGCGAGGAGGCGGUGCCGUCCGACUGCGAUGCGGUGAUGUACGCCUACUGGAAGCGCGUGUGGGACCGCCUGACCUCGGCCACCGAAGAGUCCUCCAAGGGCAGCAUCGGCAGUCGGCGCCCCAAAGUGCGCCGCAUGCUGCGCCGCCUCGCGGGCGUCAGCGCGGGCCCCUCGACGGCGCAGGCCCUGCAUUGCGAGUACGAUUGCCCACCGCCGCGGCUGCCACCGGGUUUCCCUGGCGGCUACUUCAUCACCGGCCCGUGCUCGCUCACCGACGGCGGCUCGUGCGCCGCGUCGCCAAACUACCCGAACAGCUACGGCAACAACGAGAAGUGCACCAUCAGCGGCGUGCCGCUGGUCGGGCUGGAGACGGUUGCCUUUGAUGUGGAGGCGGGCGACGGCUGCCCCUUCGACUAUCUCACCGUCAACGGCAUAACGUACUGCGGCACCUCGGGGCCGAGUGGCGCGGUGGCGGAGGACGGCGUCAUUAAGUGGCGAUCGGAUGGCUACGUAGUCAGCGAGACCGAGCUCCGCUCCCUGAUCGAGGAGGCUACUAUUACUGCUGCCGACGUCUCCAUCUACCUGCCGCCCGGCGACGUCGAGAUCAUCGAGUCGGUCGUGAGGGACUGCUCGGCUGGCUCUGGCGGCGGCGUCGUCAGGGCGUAUGACAGCGGUGCGGUCUCGAUAACCAGCUCGAACGUGUCGGGCUGCUCGGCUGGCGAGAACGGCGGCGUCGUCUCCGCGUCUACCGGCGGUGCGGUCUCGAUAACCGGCUCGACCGUGUCGGGCUGCUCUGCUGGCUUGUCCGGCGGCGUCGUCCUCACGUAUGAGAACAGCGGUGCGGUCUCGCUAAUCGGCUCGACCGUGUCGGGCUGUUCGGCUGGCGCUAACGGCGGCGUCGUCUACGCGUAUCAAAGCGGUGCGGUCUCGAUGAUCGACUCGGCCGUGUCGAGCUGCUCGGCUGGCGAUUCCGGCGGCGUCGUCUUCACGUAUGAGAACAGCGGUGCGGUCUCGCUAAUCGGCUCGACCGUGUCGGGCUGUUCGGCUGGCGCUGGCCACGGCUGCCUCACCCCGCUCUCUCCUCGCAACCGCAGAACGGCGGCGUCGUCUACGCGUAUCAAAGCGGUGCGGUCUCGAUAA